AUGCUUAGACAUAUUAGACGCCUCUCUAUAACGAGGGUGAACGCUAAGACACUGUACAGCAAUACCUUACAGCUUCCGAAAACAGAAUUUGGACCUAAGGUGCCAUCUGGGUCUUCAAAAGAUGAAUUAAUUAAACUUGUUUCUGAAGACCUUUAUAGUUGGCAGUUAAAUAGAGAGAACUAUAACGACCGAUGGAUAUUUCAUGAUGGACCCCCAUAUGCCAACGGAGAUUUACAUUUAGGCCAUGCAUUGAAUAAGAUAUUGAAGGAUAUUAUAAAUCGUUUCGAAUUAAUCCGGUAUAAUAAUAAAGUCAUCUAUCAACCUGGGUGGGAUUGUCAUGGGUUACCUAUUGAAAUGAAGGCAAUAUCUAAUUCAGAGAAGGCUAGUGAACUCCAGCCGACGGAGAUCAGAUCUUUAUGCCGUAGGUUGGCAAUGUCAAUGAUCGACAAACAACGUGACCAAUUUAAAGAGUUUGGUAUAAUGACAGAUUUCAACAACCCGUACAUUACUUUGUCAAAUGACUAUGAAAUUAAACAGCUACAAGUGUUUUUGAAGCUCAUGGAAAAUGGUCUUUUAUCCAGACAAUUGAAGCCUGUUUGGUGGGGAUGUGAAACUCAAACGGCGUUAGCAGAAGCAGAGUUAGAGUAUAAUAAUGCCCACAAUUCUGUGGCUACGUAUGUCAAAUUUCCUCUUGCUUCUUCACAGUUUUACAAACUAUUGAACGAAAAGUAUCCUUUCAUAGAAGUGAACAAAUUUGAUGUCCAAUUCUUAAUAUGGACGUCUACUGCUUGGACGAUUCCUGCAAACCAAGCAAUUUGCAUACACAGAGACCUAAACUAUACGCUCAUCUAUAAUGAUAUGACAAAUGAACAUUUAAUUGUUGCUGAAUCUUUAGCAGAUGAAUUAUGCAAGCUCAAUGAAUCAUAUAGGAGAUAUUCUGAACCACUUUGCUUUAAGGGUGAUGAAUUAUUGAACCUUGAGUAUAUAAAUCCGGCAGUUGGUCCAGAAUAUUUAUUUCCUAUUUUACAUGGCGACCAUGUUUCUGCAACUGCUGGUUCUGGGCUUGUUCACACUGCACCAGCACAUGGUGGUGAAGAUUACUUGAUAGGAUGCAGACAUAAUUUGAAAAUUAUGUCUUCAGUCAAUGGCCAAGGUAUGUUUAUUGCAGACAAUAUCCCUGAUGGAUUUUCUUCAUUAAAGGGCGAAUAUGCCAAUAAGAAGGAAGGUUUAUGGAAAUGUAUUGACAUUAUGAAAGAGCAUAACAUGAUUUUCCACAUCAACAAAAAGUACAAGCAUUCAUACCCUUAUGAUUGGAGAUCAAAUAAACCAGUUAUUCAAAGAGCAACACCACAAUGGUUUGUGAAUGUUGAGAAAAUUAAACCAACAGCUAUUGAAGCACUUGAAAGUGUAGAGUUUUUACCAGAGAAUGGUAAAAAUAGACUAAAGCUGUUCAUAAAUAAUAGAAACGAAUGGUGUAUUUCAAGACAGAGAACAUGGGGGGUUCCAUUACCAAUAAUAUUUCAUAAAGAAAGUGGUGAACCAAUUGACGAUAUUGAAGUUAUAAGGUUUACAAUUAAAUGUAUGACUAAGUUUGGUACUGAUAGUUGGUUUACUAAAGAAGACGAUAUUUGUAGAUGGUUGCCAGAGUCAUACAAGGAUAUGGGAACAAUGUACGUUAAAGGACAAGACACCAUGGAUGUCUGGUUUGAUUCCGGUACAUCAUGGUCAACAUUAGGUGAUAAUAUGGAAGAAUUAUCGAGAAGUGAUACGCCCUUAGCUGAUAUUUAUCUUGAAGGUAGUGACCAACAUAGAGGCUGGUUUCAGUCUUCAUUAUUGAAUAAAAUUAUUGCAUCUGGAGUAAACGGUGAAAAUUUUAAACCCGUUGCUCCCUUCAAGAAAAUUGUUACACAUGGCUUCACAUUGGAUAGUAAGAAUGAUAAGAUGUCUAAAUCCAAGGGUAACGUUAUUUCACCAAAGCAUGCUAUAAACGGAGGUGGAAAACCGUUCCUUCCAAGUUUAGGAACCGAUGGAUUAAGGUUAUGGGUUGCCUCAUCCAAUUUUACUCAGGAUGUCAAUGUAAGCAGUGAAAUUCUCACAAGAGUAUUCGAAAACGUUAAAAAAUUAAGAGUUACCUUGAAAUACAUGUUGGGAAAUUUGAAUGAUUUCGAGGAAAACAAAAAGGUUAGUUAUAAUGAUUUGAAUCCUUUGGAUAAGUUAGUCUUAUCGAAGCUCUUCAGAUUACAGCAGACUUGCGUGGAGUAUUACAAAGACCACAAUUUUUCAAGAGUUGUUAAAGAUAUUAGCACUCAUAUGAGUGUGGACUUGAGUGCCCAAUACUUUGACAUUUCAAAAGAUUGUCUUUACACGGAUGCCAAAGACUCUAAAAGAAGAAGGAGCAUCCAAACAGUGCUACAAGCAUUAUUGAGAACUUAUAUUGGGUUGCUUGCGCCUAUACAACCAUUGCUUGUUCAGGAAGUAUGGAAUGUAUGUCCAGAAUAUUUUAAAAAUAAUAGCAAAUCGCCAUUUACGGUGGGUAGUUGGGACUUUUAUCAAAUACCUGAUACCUAUUUGCAAGAAUCAAUCGAACAUGAUUUUUCUAAGAUAUGGCAAGUUAAAGACACCCUUUACAAGUCAUUAGAAGAACUCCGUCUAAACGGUACGUUCAAGAACAAAUUGGAGACUCAGGUUAAUAUUGUCGUCGAUAACGAAUCUUCACUAGGUAAAUUAUUGACUUCACAUCAGGUCUUUUUGGACGAUUACUUUCUUGUUUCUAAGGUCUAUGUUAACGAAGAGCCACUUAAGGAAGCAUCCUAUUUUAGUGAAACCUCAUUGACUUUAGAUGAACAAGAGGUCAAGAUACAAAUAGCUCCGUCGUCUAAUGCUAAAUGUCCAAGAUGUUGGAAGUUUGUGUCUGAAUCCGAAGACGCAUUAUGUACAAAAUGUGAUACCGUAGUUCACAAACACUAG